AUGAUACCACUUCCUAGAUGUUAUAACCAUUUUAAUACAAACUUGAUUAGAAAAAUAUCGAAUAUUUUUUUGAGCAAGCCAUACAUUUCAAAUAGUUUUUAUACAUAUAAAACAUAUCGAAUAAAUCAUAUAAUUAAAGAUGAUAUAAAUCAUGGAAUAGAUAAAAGAGUAAAGUAUGGGACAACAAAAUCUGUAUAUAAGGAGUUGGAAGAUGAUUAUUAUCUUAAAAACACAGAAGAAAAGGGAAUCUAUUAUUUAGGUGUAACAAACAAUAAAUUUAAAGAUUUUAAGGAAAUUGUGUAUAUAACCAUAACAGACGAGGAAAAUUUGAAUCAAGGUGAUUACCUAUUCAGCGUUGAGGAUUCCAAGACUCUUUUCGACUUUUACUCACCAAUCAACUGUAAAGUUGAAUCCGUAAAUCCAAAGUUCCUGGGAGAACUCACAGAUGAAAUACUAAACGAUUUCUUCAAAUUUCCAGAAAAUUCAAAUAAUCAUCUCAUUAAAGUUAAACUGACUUCAGAGUAA